AUGUCGGACGAAAUUGGACCGCAAAUUCCAAUACAUUUACUUUCUAAAGUUGGCAUUAUUAAUAAUGAAGAAGAUAAUGCAUCUCCAGAAAUUAGGCCACCAUUAGGUAGUGACUUGACUGAGUUUCGGCAUAAUAAAACUUUAGAUCAAGAUUCUGAAGCUACUGAGAGUGCUACAAUUGGUCCAAGGAUCCCUCAAGAAAGAGUACAAAUCGGUCCACAAAUACCUUCUUCGUCAAUAGGAAAACACAAAAUGAAUGGUGAAGAUAACGAUCGUAAGUUACGGAAUUCAUUGCCUGUUAAUUCAGAAGGAACUUCUAGUCACAAAAAACGUGUUAUUGGUCCUGCUAUGAUGCCUCCUCCUGAAUAUAGCAAUUACCAAGAAUAUGAAGAAGAGGAAGAAAUAGUAGGGCCAGUAUUGCCAAAGGAUUUUAAAGAGGGAAAUAAUGAUGAUGGUUUAUUAAGAACAAUCCAAGAGUUCGAAGAACGAGCAGAAAGAAUGCGUAAAACUCUUGAACCAUUACAACGUGGAGAAUGGAUGCUCGUACCACCAGAAGCAAAAUUUCUGGGAGAAACCCCAACCAAUAUGCGAUCACGUCAAUUCAAAAAGAGAGCACAUAAUCCAAACGAUAAUGAUAAUUCGCUUUGGACAGAGACCCCUGCUGAAAGAGAAGAAAGACUGAAAAAACAGGCAUCAUCUACUCAAAAAAGAAAACUUGUCAAAGACAACGAGGACGACGAACCAAUAAAAUAUUCCCGCGUUGAUUUAGAAACAUCAGAAAAAGUUAAUGAAUAUAACGCUUUAUACCGGUCAAAGACUCUUGUAGAAACACAUGCAGAAAGCUAUGUUAAAUCACGUAAAUGGAAAGAGGAUGAUGCCAGUAAACGACCUUUUGAUCGUGAAAAAGACGUAUUGGGCACUCGUCGUAUGGACUUGCGCAAGCGCCAAGAGUUCUUGGACAAUGCGAAAGGGUUGAGUUCGAAAUUUGGGCACGGUAAACAUGGAUCAUUUUUGUAG